UCAUAUCUUAUAUUAUGUGGUAUUAAAUCCGUUUACCUGAAACAUAAUGAGGUGCAAGCCAUCAGAGAAGCCAAAGCUAAAGCAUAGGAAAGGUUUAUGGUCUCCUGAUGAGGACCAAAAGCUAAGAGAUUACGUGGUGAACUAUGGUCAUGGUUGCUGGAGUGCCGUCCCCAUCAAUGCAGGUCUGCAAAGGAACGGAAAGAGUUGCAGAUUAAGGUGGAUUAAUUAUCUUAGACCAGGAUUAAAGAGAGGGGCAUUCUCUUCACAAGAAGAAGAAACUGUCCUCGCCCUUCAUGGCAUUUUAGGCAACAAGUGGUCUCUAAUAUCACAACAUCUGCCUGGCCGGACUGAUAACGAGAUAAAGAAUCAUUGGCAUUCCUACCUGAAGAAGCAAGUAGCAAAAUCUGAAAAUCUUGAAGCGCAACCUAAACCUGAGUACACAAACGGACAUACAGAAUCCUCUUCAUCAUACAUGAACUCGAUUACACGAAACACAAGUUUUGAUUCAUCGGAUCUCGCGAACCGUUCAUCUGCUGACGCAGGUCAACCGGCCCCACCAGCUCAGAUCAACAAAUUACCAAAGAUUUUAUUUGCAGACUGGCUUAGCCUAGAAGAAUUUCAUGGACAUCAGAGUUCAGCAUGCAAGGACAGCAUUAGCAAUGGCACCUCAAAUUACCAAGAAACCCCUGUGCAUGGUUUGCUAUCAAAUGAAGGAUCCACAGACAGCAGUGAGGCCGUGAACUGUCUGAGCGAUUAUUCGAACGAAGAUAUGUUUCAUACCCAGAUGAAAAUUGAUCAAAUUUUCAACUUCACUUCUGGAGCUUUCAACUUAGAAGACUUGUAUAUGUAAAAUGGGGAGGGUGAGUAAUAACCAAUUA